AUGGCACCGGCACUCAACGAAUCCCUCCCUACUACGGCUCCCCAUCACCUGGCUGCUGGCCAUGUCAGCAAAGCCAUCUUCCCUGAUGGCCUGAAAACUUCCGGACAGCAUGAACCGGAUUACGCCCUCAUUCGCCGCUACCGAGACUUCCCCCAGGAGAUCACGGGACCUACCGUGUGGAAAGCAGAAGACUACCGCAACAACGCGGAGCGAUGGACGCACGUCUUCAGCGAGGAGGAAAUCUCGGAACUGGGCACGGCAGCGGAUGAUUAUAUCCAGUCUGGAACACCGCUGACGGGGAUGACCAAGGCGCUGUUCCCGUUGCCGGAGCUGGAGAAGUUCUUUGGUGCGGUGCGGAAGGAGAUUGUGAGUGGCAAAGGGUUUAUUCUGUUCAAGGGGAUUCCUGUUCAGGAGUGGGGGUUGCAUAAGUCUGCUGUAAGUCUGAAAGGGCGAACCAGGUUUUCGAUGGCUGCUGGGUGUGGCAUUUGCUGAAAGGAGUCAUAUAUAUAGGUAGCGUAUAUGGGUCUUGGUGCCUACUUUGGGUACUUUGUGAGCCAGAACGGACGGGGACAUGUUUUGGGGCACGUUAAGGACUUGGGCGAAGAUCCAACGCAGAAGGAUAAGGUUAGGAUCUAUCGAACGAAUGCCAAGUAAGCAUGCAAAGCUAUUGUCCAUGUGGUGAUGAGGCUGAUUCAUUUCCAGGCAAUACUUCCACACUGACGGGGCGGAUCUUGUGGGUUUGCUGUGCAUGGCCAAGGCACUGGAGGGGGGAGAGUCUGAUAUUGUCUCCACUCACCAUGUGUUCAACACUCUGCAACGGGAGCAUCCAGACGUCGUCGAAACCCUGGUCACUCCCAACUGGUACUUCGACCGUAAAGGUGAGGUGAGCGAGGGUCAAGAACAUUGGUACCGAUCGGCAAUCAUGUUCCUCGAGAACGACCCAUCAGGCUCUCCUCGCGUGUGGGCCAAAUUCGUGAGUUCAUAUUCAGACACCCUCUCAGCUCCGACAAGUGCAAGUGCAAGUCUGACUUGAUCUGAUCAGGAUCCCAACAACGUCACCUCGCUGGCGCGAUUUAAUUCCGGCCCGGACGCAAAGAUUCCACCGCUGUCGGAGAAGCAACAACACGCACUGAAGACGUUGGAAGAGACGUGCACCCGACUCGCGCUGCACAUGAUCCUGGAUCCGGGCGAUAUCCAGCUCUUGAGCAAUACGCACGUCUUCCAUGCGCGGACCGCGUAUAAAGACUACCCGCCCGGAUGCGUGGACGAGCAAGGUCGGCCGAGAGUUCGGAGGCACCUGAUGAGGCUGUGGCUUUCCGUGCCCGAGAGCGAAGGAGGGUGGAAGCUGCCGUUCCAUGAUAGCGAUGAGAAGAAGCGUGGGGGCAUUCAGGUCAAUGACAAUGCGCCCGUCUGCCCUAUCGAUGUAAGACAAAAUUCCCGGCAUGUCUCUGACUGUUGGAAGCUAACGAGAUGGCAGGCCGAAUAG